AUGGGUUUCUCUCUAUCUUCCCCUCUCUCUCUCGCCUUCGAUGUAUCCGCUGUCUUCAUCUAUCCAUCUCUCUAUCUCAAACUGUUCUUAUCUAUCUCUCCAUCCAUCCAUCUCUCUCUCUCUCUCCUCCAAACAUUCAUUAUCUAUCUAUCUAUCUAUCUAUCUAUCUAUCUAUCUAUCCAUAUCUCAAACUGUUCAUUAUCCAUCUAUCUAUCCAUCUAUCUAUCUAUCUAUCUCAUCCAUCUAUUGUUCAUUAUCAUCUAUCUAUCUCAUCUAUCCACUGUCUAUCAUUAUCUAUCUAUCUAUCUAUCUAUCUCAAUCUGUUAUCAUCUAUCUAUCAUCUAUCUAUCUAUCUAUCUAUCUAUCUAUCUAUCUAUCUAUCUAUCUAUCAAAACUGUUCAUUAUCUAUCUAUCUAUCUAUUCAUCUAUAUCAUCUAUCUAUCUAUCUAUCUAUCUAUCUCAAACUGUUCAUUAUCCAUCAUCUAUCUAUCUAUCUAUCUAUCUAUCAUCUAUCUCAUCUAUCUAUCUAUCUCAAUCUGUUCAUUAUCAUCUAUCUAUCUAUCUAUCAUCUAUUCAUCUAUCUAUCUAUCUAUCUAUCUAUCUCAAACUCAUUAUCUAUCUAUCUAUCUAUCUAUCUUUUUUUAUUACCUCUCUCUUUUAUUUCUAAAUGUCUCUUUUUAUCUCGCCUCUCUUUUCACUCUGUAUAUCUACCUAUUUUUCUCCGUCACUUUCUCCCUCUUCUUUGAGUCUUUCUCUUUCUUUUUUUCUUUUUUUUUCUCUUUCUCUCACUCGACUUCGCUCUCUGUGUUGUUUCUCAGUCUCAUUCGACCUCUCUGUCCCCCACUCCUAUUUUGUCUAAAUUCUCUAUUUCUCUCUGUCCACCCCUCCUGUUUUAUCAAACCCUCUCUUUCUCUCAUUUUAUUUCUCUAUCAUUUUAUGUUUUUCUCUGCAUUCAUUUUACCUUGUCACCAUCUCACUACAUUUUCUUUCUAUUUUUCUCCGUAUGGCCUUCAACUUGUCGCAUUCUCACUCCCUCCCCCUUGCUCUCUCUCCAUCUCUCUGUAUAACUUUUUAUCACACCCUCUCUUUCUCUCUCCUUUCUCCUAUUUGAUGCACAUUCUCCCAAUGUAUCGCCUCUCUUUCUCUCAUUUUUCUCCUCUUUGUCGCAUCUCCCUACCUCUCCUUCUUCCCUCUUCUCUCUCUCCUUCUCUCUCCCCCUCACACUCUCUCUCCAUUUUCCUGGAUACUUUUUAUUACAACGUCACUUUCUCAUUUCUCCAAAUUGUCGCAUUCUCUCCCUCGCUCUAUCUCCCUCUCUUUCUCCCCAUCUCUCUUGAUACCUUUUAUCACACCCUCUCUUUCUCUUUCUUUUCUUCUAUUUGUCGCAUUUUCUCUCUCUCUCUUUCUUUCUCUCCCGCUCUCUCUUUCUCCCCAUCUCUCUUGAUACCUUUUAUCACACCUUCUCUUUCUCUUUCUUUUCUUCUAUUUGUCGUAUUUUCUCUCUCUCUCUCUUUCUUUCUCACCCGCUUUCUCUUUCUCCCCAACUCUCUUUCUUUCCUCUAUUUGACGAAUUUUCACUCUCUCUCUCUCUCUCUUUCUUUCUCUCCCGCUCUUUCUCUCCCUCUCUUUCUCCACAUUUCUCUGGAUACCUUUUACCACACCCUCCCUUUCUCUUUCUUUUCUUCUAUUUGUCGUAUUUUCUCACUCUCUUUUUCUUUCUCUCUCCCCCUCUCUCUCUCCCAAUCUCUCUGGAUACCUUUUAUCACCCCCUCUCUUUCUCUCUCUUUUCUCCGCAAACGUAUCUAUCUAUCUAUCUAUCUAUCUAUCUAUCUAUCUAUCUAUCUAUCUAUCUAUCUAUCUAUCUAUCUAUCCGAAUCUGUUACUUAUCUAUUUCAGUUUCUUCAUAUCUAUCUAUCUAUCUAUCUAUCUAUCUAUCUAUUUAUCUAUCUAUCUAUCUAUCUAUCUAUCUAUCCGAAUCGGUUACUUAUCUAUUUCAGUUUCUUCAUAUCUAUCUAUCUAUCUAUCAUUCAUAUCUAUCUAUCUAUCUAUCUAUCUAUCCCGAAUCUGUUACUUAUCUAUUUCAGUUUCUUCAUAUUCAUCUAUUCAUCUAUCUAUCUAUCUAUCUAUCUAUCUAUCUAUCUAUCUAUCUAUCCGAAUCUGUUACUUAUCUAUUUCAAUUUCUUCAUAUCUAUCAUCUAUCUAUCUAUCUAUCUAUCUAUCAUAUCUAUCUAUCUAUCUAUCUAUCUAUCCGAAUCUGUUACUUAUCUAUUUCAGUUUCUUCAUAUCAUUCAUCUAUCUAUCUAUCUAUCUAUCUAUCUAUCUAUCUAUCUAUCUAUCUAUCUAUCCGAAUCUGUUACUUAUCUAUUUCAAUUUCUUCAUAUCUAUCUAUCUAUCUAUCUAUCUAUCUAUCUAUCUAUCUAUCUAUCUAUCUAUCUAUCCGAAUCUGUUACUUAUCUAUUUCAGUUUCUUCAUAUCUAUCUAUCUAUCUAUCUAUCUAUCUAUCUAUCUAUCUAUCUAUCUAUCUAUCUAUCUAUCCGAAUCUGUUACUUAUCUAUUUCAGUUUCUUCAUAUCUAUCUAUCUAUCUAUCUAUCUAUCUAUCUAUCUAUCUAUCUAUCUAUCCGAAUCUGUUACUUAUCUAUUUCAGUUUCUUCACAUCUAUCUAUCUAUCUAUCUAUCUAUCUAUCUAUCUAUUUAUCUAUCUAUCUCUCUAUCUAUCUAUCCUCUUCUUUUCUUAUGUAUUUUUUACUGACUUCCUCUCUUUUUCGCGCACGCGCACAAAUGUCCCUUAUGAUCAUGUGCACACCUGCACUCUCAUUAAACCUCUCUGUUUCCCCCUCCUAUUUUAUCUAAAUUUUCUAUUUCGACCUCUCUGUUUUUUUCUAUAUUCCCCCGCCCUAUUUUAUCAAAACCUCUCUUUCUCUGUCGUCUCCGUAUAUCUAUCUCUCACUUAA